GAGAGAGAGAGAGAGAGAGAGAGAGAGACCUAGACUGAGAGCGCAAGGCAGAGAGAGACACAGAGAGAGAGAGAGAGAGAGAGAGAGAGAGAGAGAGAGAGAGAGAGAGAGAGAGAGAGAGAGAAAGAGAGAGAGAGGAUGGCUGGUAGGAUUUAGCCCCGGCAGCAGCGUCUUUUCCCGUCCAACACAACAAGCUUAUUACCUUUCUCUCCACGCGCUUUGGAAACGGAUUUACGCGCACGAAAAGGAGGAGUUUGGAGGACUAGUAGGAUGCUGAGUAUCUUUCCUCCUUGCCACUGUUCUCCACCCUGCUCUCCAUGACCUGAGAGCACCACCCCAGCAGGAGGAACGAAACACCAGAACGAGAGAGAGAGAGAGGAGGGCAGAAGGCCAGGGAAGGAAGGAAGGAAGGAAAGAAGGAAGGAACACACUUUUUUUUUGUUGUUGGUUGUUUUCCCUUUCGGAAAUGGCAGCGACAGAGGCCAACGCCGCGCCGGUGGUCCAGGAAGACGGGAAAACCCCCGAGAGCAAGCCGGCAGAGGCUGAGCAGCCGGCCAAUAACGGCAACACAAAUUCAGAGACUAUCAACAGCGAGGUUGUCGAUAAAGACGGUACCGCUGGCAACAGCGAGGUUGUCGAUAAAGACGGUACCGCUGUCAACAGCGAGGUUGUGGAUAACAAAGAGACUGUGAAUAACGACACAGCAGCGGCAGCUGGAGCCGAAGACGGAGAUGCAGCAGCGCCAGCGAGCGAUGAGGCGGCUGCACCGCCUCAGAACUCGGAAAAUGCCUCCUCUGCGGAGCCCAAGACCUCGUUCCUGGACUCUUUCCUCAACAAGAGCGGCCUGGGGAAGGUGAUGGGAGGAAGGAAGAAGAAAGAGCCGAUCACGGCCGUCACAGCUGCCACCGGAGGAGAGGAGAACGCAGCCGAGGGCGGGGAGAAAGACGGAGACAAAGGAGGAGAGGAGGCUGCAGCGUCUGAGGCAGGAGCAGAGGGCGGCACAGACGGAGAGGCGGAGAUAGAGAAAGCGCCAGAAAACGGAGAGAAGGAAGAGGAGAAGAAGGCGGAGAAGGGCAAACCGGCGGAGGCCAAAUCCACGGUUCGAGAUCUGAUCAGGAAGCCGGUGGCGAGGAUCUUCUCCCAUCGCAGCGCCGAGAAGAAGGACGUAAAGGUUCGAUCCAAGUCCCUGGACCGGCUGGAUCCCGAGGCACUUAACGCCGCUGCGGACUCCACCGCAGAGGAGGGAGCAGCCGCGGAGGCGGCCGCAGGGGCAGGGGGAGCAGACGAAGGCGAAGAGGGAGAACAGAAAGCCUCGUCGUCCUCGGCAGCCACCAAGCACAUGAAGCGCUGGCACUCCUUCAAGAAGCUCAUGGCUCAGAAGGGGCACAAGAAGAGCGUGGGGGAGGAUGUAAAGGAGGAGGACGGAGAGGGAGGCGGAGACUCGUCCACGCUGGACUCCAAGGAGUCGGGGCAGAAGAGGUGGAAGCUGAAACGCUCCUGGACCUUCCAGGGUUUGAAGAGGGACCCGUCGAUGGUCGGCAUCAGCGGGAAGGCCAAGGGCUCGGACAAAGAUUCUGCCGACAACGCAAAGCCGGAGGAGGAAGUGGCAGCGGCAGUGGCGGCCGCAGCGGGAGAAGCGGAGGAAGGAGAGGAGGCCAAGGAGGAGGGAGGAACAGAGGAAGCCAAGGCGGAGGGAGGGGAGGAAAAGGAAAAGGCUGAAGGAGGGGAGGAGGAGAAGGCAGCAGCCGCAGCGGGUGGUGGGACGGUGACGCAACACGCCAACGAGAUCUGGACCUCCUUCAAGAAGCGCGUCAUACACAAGUCCAAACGCGCCAACACAGAGUGCGCCCCCUGCGGGGAGGAGGAUGCAACCGCAGCCGCUGCAUCAGGUGAGGAUGGAGCAGCGGAGGAGGGCAAAGACGCUAAGGCAGCCAAGGCCAAGCGCUCCCAUUUUGGCCGCGCUGUUUCUCUGAAGAACUUCAUCCUGCGAAAGGGCAAGUCCACUAGCGUGGACAUGGGUGAGGGCGCCAAGGAGGAGGAAGAGGAGGAGGGGGCCGCCGCGGAGGGAGGAGAGGGAGGAGAAGCAGCGGAGGAAGGAGCGGCCGACGGCGAAGCCGCAGGGGCGACCGAGGACACCAAUGACAAAGACGCAGCGGAGGCCGAGAAGACGUCGGAGGCGCCGGAGACUGGAGGGGAUGCGGAUAAGGAGGCGGCGGAGAAGACGCCAGCCGACGUUCCAGUGACCAACGGGGAGAACGGCUGCUCCAACGGCACGGGGGAGGAGAACGCCACACACAAUCACCAGGACGACGGGGACGAGGAUGCUGGGAAAACGACGGGCGGCAGCCCCGUGAAGAAGAGCAAGGAGGCAGUGGGGGCCAAAGAGGAGGCCAACGCCAAGAUCAUCAACACCACGGCGGCUGUGAACAGCGACAAAAAGGCGGGAAACGUGUGAGGCCCACACAAAGAGGAUUAGAACUGCCCGGGAUUCGCUGAGCAAGGAGCUCUGAGCCCCACCCCCCUUCCCUAACUCCUCCUCCCUCCUUCCUCCUUCCUCCCCCCUCCCUCCUCUUCUCCCUUCAUCCCUCCUUCCUCCCGAAUAAACGGAGUAAUCACGUGUUAACAGAACACCAUGGUGAGAAAAAGAGAUUGAGAGUUUGAGAGAAUGAGAAAGAUGCAAUUCAUGUAGAUGAGAAGUGAAGAAUAAGACUUACUCAGAAAGCAAUAAUUCAAAGCCCUUCUUUUCCAUCCAUCCAUCCAUCCAUCCAUCCUUACAUCCAUCCCCUCCGUCCAAUUACAUACAUACAUGCAUAGAAACAUACACACAUGUACGUCCAGUGUUUUAAUUUUUUCUUUGCUUGUCUGUGAGAUUUUAUAUUGUCUACGAGAGAAAAGAAAUGUAAAAAAAGAAAAGAAAUGAAAAUCGAGACAUUCCACAUUCCCUGUUUCCCCCCUCCGCCGCUCUAUUUUCCUCCUCGUCAAGCUACUUAACCACUCUUCUCUGUCUCUACCGUCUCCUGAUUGGUGGAUUUAAAAAAAAAAAAAAAAAAAAAAAAAGACUUAGUUUUAUAUUGACGGCCAUUUUGGUUUGUAGUCCCCCCUCAACCCCCUUCGCCCCUCUUCUACCCAACCGUCCCCGUAGAUAUCUGACAGUGCAGCAGGACCAUGUUGCUACGGUAUAUAAACUGCCCUGAGGACCGCCACUUCCCAACCAACACUGCAAUGUCUUCAGCUCUGUGUUUAAUGUUUUUAGACUGUUAUAUUGUGUACAUGAAUUAAAAAAAGUACAAAAAAACAUCAAAUAUUAAAGUCAAAAUGUUUUUUUCUUUUUUUUUUCUGUUCGGUUUGGAUUCACUUUUUCCUUUCUUGUAUUUUUUUUUUUUAAACACAUCUCACUGUUACUGCAGUCUGGCAAUAUGCUGUAAUAAAAAAAAAAUGAUGGUAAUAAUAAUAAUAAUAAUAAUGAUGAUGAUGUUUUGUUGGUCCACGUUUUCACAUGUCCGCUAGCGAAUUGUCAAGAACAAAAUAGUACAAUAAAGACUAAAAUCUAACAACUAAA